AAAAAAUCUUUACGAAGCAGACAACAGUUUACAGACACGGGUAACAAUCGCUGGAUUUAAAUUAGUCUGGUUCGGGUUUGUCCUCUGCCUGCUAGCUGUUGUUUUCACAGUAGCUGCUUUGAAAAUCAUUUUUACUUGAGGCCUAAAAACUGUACAGAAGGGUAUGUAUGCAACGCAAGGAAGAUUUUCGAUGAUAUGCUUCAAAGAGUGUAUUCGUUCGUUUUAUUUCUCGUAUGUUGUAAUCUUGGAGGAAUGGAGCGUGAAGACGAGAUGAAAUUAAAAGGAGACACAAAGGAGAAGAUGUUCCAAAUUUAUACAGAUUUUUUGACAGGGGUGGCAAAGCUUGAUGAACUGGUGGCCGUUGGAGGCAGACUACUUACCGGCUUUCAGCAAGGACUAGAGUUUCUUCGGCGCCCUCCAAUUAAUGAGGUGUCCAAUUUGAUCGAGAACGUUCUUAAAGCCAAGGAAACAAAGAGGUUAAAGUCAUACCUUGAAGCUGGUUGUAUUAACAAUCAUGACUGUGUACAUAAUAUGAGCAAGUGUAAGUUCUUUAAUCAUGACCGUGUACAUAAUACGAGCAAGUGCAAGUUCUUUCAUUCUUCAUAG